AUGUAUUUGGUAUGUACCUAAUUAAAAAAAUAAUAAAUUAUUCUGAACAGACGACAGAAUUCAAAUUCAGUAAAGCGUUUAACAGUUUAUAAAUUAUAAAUUUUUCGUAACGCGUAAGUAUUUUAUUUCCAAGUGGUUAAUAAAUGUGCGAGCAAUGGGAAAUCAAACAAAAGAACCAAGUUUUUUCUUGUUUAAAAAUAUUGAAUUUGCUAUUUUAUUGCUCAAAGUGAAAGGCGAUAAUGUAUAAAAUUUAAAUAAAUAACAUUCUUUGACACGAUUGAAUUUCAAUUUUAGGAUAAAAUAAUAUAUUCAAUGGCCUCAUUUAAUUAUUGUUAUUAAAUAGUAUUUAAAAUUAUCUAUAAGUAUUCUUAUUUACAAUAUUAACAGUACAAAAUGUAAAAAAAUUACAGAAUGUUUUAUACUUAAUAAGAUAUUUUGAUAUACGUAUAUUUUUUGUUUUCAAAAUAUUUGAAAGUUAAAAUCAAUUACAAUUGUAUAGAUUCUUCAUAAUGACAAUGUAAUAAGUAAUUUUAUAUAACAUAAAUUGUACUAUUAUAUAUAAAAUAUUUCAAUUAUACUAUAUAAGCUUCAUGUUUAGAAGCAAAAUUUUUUAUUAUCAACAUUUUAAUAAUUGUCAUGAAGCACUCAAUCUUAGUUACGCCCUUGCAUCGUUAAUUGUUGAUGGAACUCUUACCUCAAUUCCAUCUAGUUCUUUAGUCAUUACUAUUUGACAACCUAGACGUGACCUAAAAUUAAGUAUUAUAUAAAUAAAUAUAUUGAUUGUUAUAUAAACCUAGCCAAUUUAUAAAAUACUAUAAUAUUAAUAUUAAUUUAUAAAACACAACUUUGUAUUCAUUUGAGAGCAAUGUUGUAGAUAUGUUAAUAUGUGUAUUGAUUUAUAACAAGGAUAGACUCAUAAAUAAAAAACUAUGAAAAUUUAUUAUAAUUUUAAAUUCAAAGCUGGCAGAUUGAAAUUCUACAUUGAAAUGCAAAGUUUGAAGUACCCAAUACUAAUGAUGAAGAUAAGAUAUUUGACAAAGUUUACAUAGACUACAAGAAAGUCUAGAAGAAAGAAAUGAAAUAAAGGAAUAAAAUGAAAAUUUGAAAAUAAUAAAGUUAAUAAUAUUUAUGAUGUUGAAUUCUUAAAUUUAGACUAUUAUUAACUUACGUGUCUGUCAAUUCAUAUGCUAAAUCCAACAUAUCUAAUUCUUCAUCCGUUGGUUUGUCAGGAAGUGCGUCAUAAACUUCUUUUGAUAAUAUUAAAUGGCAUGUACUACAAGUUAAUGUUCCUUCGCAAGCACCUACAUAAAUAACAAUGUUUUUAGUUACAUUUUAAAAAAUUUAAAAAUUACACUGUAUAUUUAUAUGAUAGUCAAAAUUGAAAAAUAAUAGAAAUUAUUCCAAAUUAUGCUCUUUUAAAACAUACCGUAUCCAUCUAAAUCAAUCUCGUUGUUUACUACUAUAUCUAAUAUAGUAUCUCCAACUUUCCCUCUUGCUUUGAUUCUCUCUCCACUUGCUCUAACAAACGUUAUGUUAACUCUGGAAAUAGUAAUAUUUAUAAUAAAUAAGAAUUAUCUUUUUAUUUAUGAGAAUUUCUGUUAAUUUUCAAUUAACUUUUUUUUAAUUGUAUGAAUCGCUUAUAAUACUACAAAUAAUUGAAAGAUAAGACAUACUCGUCUUAAUAAUAUGUAAACAAGAUUUGUAUAGUAUUUAUGACAAUGAUAUAUAUGUUUUUAGCUGGUCACUGUCAAAAUAUCGUUUUUAUUAGUUUAUUUUUAGAUAUUCUAUUAAUACUAUUUUAUUUGUUAGACAUUAGAUUCCUACAAAGAGAAACAUUUCUUAGACAACAUUAAAGAAAAAGAGGAGAAAAUCUACGUCGCUUACUCUUGUUUUUCUGAAAGCGGUUGCGUGGUUGAUGCUCCCCUUGUCGUCUGUAAAAAAGGCAACGUUGUGUUGCUUAACACCUCGACCAACCACCAAAAUAUGGGAAAUACUAAUUACAGAUCAAUUGUACUUUGUACAGAAACUUUCACGACAUUCUUUCAAUAUGAUACUCUACAAAAAAAUAUGACGGCUAGUGACAAUUUUAAUGCCAACUUUAGCUCAAAAAAUAAUCUUCCGAAUAAACGAAAGACUAAAUUUUUAGUUGGUAUUGGUGGUUAUAAAUGAAGACAACGAAGAUGUUUGGGAUGAUAGCGCGUUAAUAAAAGCAUAUGACAAAGCCAUAAAUCUAGCGAAAGAGAAAGUUGUCAAACGAAUGGGAAUAGACGUUCAAGAUUCUCAAUUGAAGGAAAACAUACAAAAUUUUAAGCAGCCUAGGCAUACAAGUAAACCAAACAAGGUAAAAUGGAUUGUAGGAGCUCCUUGUCGUGCAGUAUACUCAGAGGAUGGUGAAAUUUAUGAAGCUGUAAUAUUAAAAAUUUAUGAAAACAAAACUUGUAUUGUAAAAUUUGUAGGUUAUGGUAACACAGAGAAAGUGCAGUUGAAUUCUCUUUUAGAAUCGGAAGGUUUACAGAGUCAGAUAACACAACAGAAGAAAGCUUUGGAAGAGAAAUUCAACGAAGAAAAUGAUGAGACUGGUAAAAAAAAUUUUUCUACAAACAAUCCAAAAAAAUAUAACGGAGAAAAAAUGGAUUGUGAAUCUGAAGAAACAAGAUCAUACAAACAUCAGUUCAUACCGGGACCAUCUUUUAAUUCUAUCGCUGAUAUAAUGCCACCUGCACCUCCUUUACCACCACAAUUAAUGGCCAAGUUACUAUCAUGGUUUGAAACAAGCAAGAAGCAAUCACGAGAAAAGAAAGAAUUGUUGAUUAUAUCAAUUUUUCAUUGUGAAACAAUUUUUAUAUAACAAUACAACAAUAAUAUAGGUAUACCAAUUAUUGAAUUUAUUUACUUCGUAUUUUAGUUGUAAUUUUUUUAUUAAUAUUGCUAUUAAAUAUCACAAUGUCACAUUUAAAUACAUGUGUACUUACAUAAUAUAUCCGUAUUUUAAUGCUUAUAAUUCUCAAUAUAUGUACAUGAAAAUGUGUUAUAUAUUACAAUAUUCAC